CCUUAGCCCGCGGCGGCGGCGGCGGCGGCGGCGGCAGCGGCGGCGCCUGGAGGUGCGGUAGAGCAGUCCUGCCCCUUGGGUGGCGGGUGUUUGGGCUGCAGGGGAUCUGCGGGUCUUGGCUGAGCAGUAGUUGCGGAUGCCGGAGGAGCGUCGGUCCCGCCGCUUGGCGGCCCCUGGGUCAAGAUGAGCUCCUUGGUGCCGAUCGGGGGCCCGAUUCCCCCGCCGCCCCCAGGCCCGUCCGCCGCGCUGCCUCCUGGAUCUACAGCACGGGCCCUGCAUGUGGAGCUGCCGUCUCAGCAGCGCCGUCUCAGACAUCUUCGGAACAUUGCUGCCCGAAAUAUUGUUAAUAGAAAUGGCCAUCAACUCCUUGAUACCUACUUCACUCUCCACCUGUGUAAUACUGAAAAGAUACAUAAAGAAUUUUAUAGAAGUGAAGUGAUUAAGAAUUCCUUGAAUCCAACGUGGCGGAGUCUUGAUUUUGGAAUAAUGCCGGACCGUCUUGAUACAUCUGUGUCUUGUUUCGUGGUGAAGAUAUGGGGUGGAAAGGAGGACGUCUACCAGCUGUUGAUUGAAUGGAAAGUUUGCUUGGAUGGGCUGAAAUACUUGGGACAGCAGAUUCAUGCCCGCAACCAAAAUGAAAUAAUUUUUGGGCUGAAUGAUGGCUACUAUGGUGCUCCAUUGGAACAUAAGGGUUAUUCAAAUGCUCAGAAGAAUAUCCUUCUUCAGGUGGAUCAGAACUGUGUUCGCAAUUCUUAUGAUGUCUUCUCUUUGUUGCGGCUUCAUAGAGCCCAGUGUGCAAUUAAACAGACUCAGGUAACUGUUCAGAAAAUUGGAAAGGAAAUUGAAGAAAAACUAAGACUCACAUCUACAAGCAAUGAGCUGAAAAAAGAAAGUGAGUGCCUGCAAUUAAAAAUUUUGGUGCUUCGAAAUGAACUGGAAAGACAAAAGAAAGCUUUGGGCCGGGAGGUGGCAUUCCUGCAUAAGCAGCAAGUUGCACUACAGGACAAAGGAAGUACAUUUUCAGCUGAGCACCUUAAGCUUCAACUCCAAAAGGAAUCCUUAAAUGAGUUGAGGAAGGACUGUACCGCGAAAAGAGAACUCUUUCUGAAGACUAAUGCUCAGUUGACAAUUCGUUGCAGGCAGUUACUAUCUGAGCUUUCUUACAUUUACCCUAUUGAUUUGAAUGAACAUAAGGAUUACUUUGUAUGUGGGGUCAAGCUGCCCAAUUCUGAGGACUUCCAAGCAAAAGAUGAUGGAAGCAUUGCUGUUGCCCUUGGUUACACUGCACAUUUGGUUUCCAUGAUUUCCUUUUUCCUGCAAGUGCCCCUCAGAUACCCUAUAAUUCAUAAGGGAUCUAGAUCAACAAUCAAAGAUAAUAUCAAUGACAAGCUGACAGAAAAGGAGAGAGAGUUUCCUUUAUACCCAAAAGGAGGGGAGAAGUUGCAGUUUGAUUACGGUGUCUAUCUUCUGAACAAAAAUAUAGCACAGCUAAGAUACCAGCAUGGACUUGGGACUCCAGACUUGAGGCAAACCCUUCCUAACCUGAAAAACUUCAUGGAACAUGGACUACUGGUCAGAUGUGACAGGCAUCACACCUCCAGUGCAAUCCCUGUCCCAAAGAGACAAAGCUCCAUAUUUGGGGGUGCAGAUGCAGGCUUCUCUGGGGGCAUCCCUUCGCCAGACAAAGGACACCGAAAACGGGCCAGCUCAGAGAACGAGAGACUCCAGUACAAAACCCCUCCUCCCAGCUACAACUCAGCAUUAGCCCAGCCUGUGCCCACCAUCCCCUCCCUGGGAGAAUCUGAGAGAAAGACAACAUCCCUGUCCUCCUCCUUGGAUACCUCCUUGGACUUCUCCAAAGAAAACCAGAAAAAAGGAGUAGAUUUGGGUGACAGCUUAAAUGGAAGCCACGUGAGUGAAAACACUAGCCAAGAGCAAGGAGAAGCCCUCCCUGGGCACGCAGCCACAGUAAAUGGCUCUCUCCUGCCCGGUGAGCAGGCCGGCUCCGCCAGCAUCCAGCUUCCAGGCGAGUUCCCCCCAGUCUCCGAGGCCGAGCUCUGCUGUACCGUGGAGCAAGCAGAAGAGAUCAUUGGGAUGGAAGCCACGGGUUUCACCUCGAGCGAUCAGCUGGAAGCAUUUAACUGCAUCCCAGUGGACAGUGCUGUAGCAGUGGAGUGUGACGAACAAGUUCUGGGAGAAUUUGAAGAGUUCUCCCGAAGGAUCUAUGCACUGAAUGAAAACGUAUCCAGCUUCCGCCGGCCACGCAGGAGUUCUGAUAAGUGAAGCAAGCAGGCAGACCGUAGGAUCGGGACAGAGUUGCUGCCUAAAAUGAGGAUAAAGCUGCACUGGUUACCCUUUGUAAUAAUUAUGACUUAAAAUAAAUAUUAACGGAGGAUAUUCCUCAGAAAAACAGACUUUGAAUCAAGGAGGGACUCAGGAUCAUUGUGUAUCAGUGGGCCAGACAAAGUUAGAUUUUGCUUGCAAGAUGUGCUUUUCAGGCCUGACAACUGUUUUAAGGCAAAAGUCACUCUCGAGCUCGAGUCACGUUCGAGGUAUUUGUCUGCUCUUUUAUUUACACUUCUGUGUUAUCCUCAGAGGGAAGAUGAUAAUAUAUAAAUAAUAUAAUGAACUCAUCUUUAGUUUCUCAAGCAUUUGCCCUCACCGCAGUUUAUAAAACUUUGGGAAAAGUGAAUAUUUAGAAAAAGAUUUCUACCAUUUACUGAAGGAUCUUUGGCCAUCCAUUAGGCUGAUGAGUGAGAAGCACAAGAGUCCCCUUAGACCCAGGCCCACCUGCCCCUGCCCCCAUGCCCUGCAGGCAACCGCGGGCUCCUCUGUGUCCCCAUUCCACAAUGGGUGGGUCAUGCACCCUGAAAACUGAGGACAUCAGAUUCACUGGUCCUUUAAUGCAGUAGCUCUGACCUUGCACCUCUUCUAAUCAGCCAAACCUUGAUUAGCCCUCAAAUUAGAUGGAAAAACCUCACUUUUGGUGGAUCCCAGGGAACCCUCCAGGACCCCAAGGUUGCUGUAGUCAGGUGGCAUCCAGUGCCCUUUGAGGGCCAACUCUUUAUGUGGGCAGAUGCUGCAGUCAAAAACUAGGCAUGCUUUCUGGCAAUGCACUCAUCAGACAAAAACCCCUAUAUGUAAAUCCAUGUUAAUUUAUUAAACUUCGGUUGGAAAGGAAGACAUUGUAUGUGACGAAAUAUAUGUAGAGUCAGACUGUCUAGUGUGCAAACUGCAAGGCAGUGGAGGUAGUUGGACUAAGAGACUAGAUGAGGCAUAGAAUACUGUUGGUAUGUGUGCAGUUGCAUAAAUAUUAAUUAUGUUUUUGAAGUCCAAUAGUCAUUCCAGGAGCUCAAAUUUCAUUUGCUAUUGCUUUAUAUUUUAUAUACCCAAGGACAUCGCCUCAGGGUUGCAAGCUCUUUAAGGAAAAUUUAUCCAUAUAUCCAUGUAUUGUAUAGAAGAAUAAAAAUUGAGUGUACUUCACUUGACCUGAUUUUUUUUUUUCAGCUUCGAAUUCCUCUCGAAAUUACACCUCCAUGUGUUACAUCAUGACAGGACUACCCUGAACAAAAACCCAGGCAGUAUCUAAACUAAUGUUGCUGGCUUCAUUUGAAUUUACCUAUUGUUAUAGCAACACAAACACCUUCACAGGUGUACUGUCUAGUAGCUGUGCUUGUCCUGCGUUAACAUCUUAACUCGUAAGCCUCAUAAUUAUUUUCAUAUUUUGUCCAGGCACUCCUGGGCUCAAGUUUAAUUUAUAGCAACAUUGAAAUGGAGUAGUUCAUGUUAUUUUCCAUGUCAAAAGAACUCACAGAAUCAUUGCAUGAUGGACAGACCCAGCCUGUGAAUAGUUUAAAGCUUUAACUUGACCUGAUGAAAUCCAUAAAAAUUCCACAUAAAAAGGUGGGACUACUCCAAAGCCAGAGCAGAAGCCAUCUGUAGAGGCACAGCUUCUUUGCAAUGUACUGUCAUUCACUUUAGAAUCAAAGAGGGUGGGGACAGACACGGUCUAGGAUAUACAUCAAACUGAUCCGUGGGGGUCUUCCAAUGAAUUAGCAUCUACCUCCCCCCUAAAAAAAGGUGUUUGAAGGACUGUGUUAGUAUUAAACAAUGUGAAGUGAAUUGCAUGUGAUUGUGAAUUCCCAAGACAUGGGAGUUAAACUUUAUGCCAAACUCAAAGACAAGGUAUAUUCACCUGCAGGCCCUCCGGCCUGGCUCUGGGCAGCACCAAGCAGAGGGACCCAUGCAGAGCACUUGUGGUUACAGUGUUUAUCUCAGGUUCCACACCACCAGAUGGAACUCUGGAACUCUGGAGUUCCAUCUGUCGGUCUCUAAGUUGUGACUGCCUAAUUCUGGGGUUCACAGCUUUUUACUCCCCAACAUGGAGCCCUGCUAUGAAUGCAAUUAGAUUGCUCAGAAUUGAUCAGUAGUUACUGACACAUUUGCUUGAUCCGCAGUGUCCAAUGAUGUUAUGCCUCUAAACACCACUUAGGUUUGGGUUUGUUGAGUUUGGGUUUUAUGUUUUCAUUGAAUGUUUUUGAUGUCUGCAGUUUCUGCCAUGACCUGGGUAGAACCUACGGUAUUACGUGUCUCCAGAAAUGAACUGUUCAACAUUUUCCAAUGCUGCAGAAUUAAUUUUGCCUCUGUUAAAAGUGGCCAUGGCCAAAAUAUGGGAUGAGUUGUUAUCUCCUACUAAUCUUUUAAUUAGUCUUGUAAAUCACUAAAAAUUUCAAGUUUGCUUUGAGGAUAUAAAAUGAAAUGAAAGCUCACUACUAUUCUUUCUGAACUACUAAGAGCCCUGACAGCUUUCAUGUAGCUAAGACACUUUAACAGCCAGCAAAUGUUAUCAAAUGAAUAUUUGAUUGUGUUUUUCUCUCUCCACUUCCUCUUACCCACUUUAGAAAUUCCAGAGAUUAUUUUCCCCCCUCAGAAUAUUAGUUUUGGAAGAUUGUAUCCAGCUAUAUUUUUUUAGCAGUUCUAAUGGUGCCCGUUUAUCCUGACCUAACCGGUUAUUUAAAUAAUUUUUUAAACCACCACCAAUAAUAAAUGGCAUGUGAAACUGAUCUGUUGGUAAUUGGAGGAAAA